CACGAAAACUACCCUCCGCUUUGACCAACGACAGGCAUCGCAUCAUAAGGCACCCCACGUCGCGAACCGAACCUGACGGACUAACAUCGAUCAAACAAGCAGCUAAACCGGGUGACGCGUGGUGUGGGAACGCUACGACUAGAGAGGCGAGAGUGAUACAUUCCGUGUAUUUCAUUCGUGGAGCUGUCCGAGCUGAAUCUCCCGGCCGCUAUGAACCGAGACGUGGCGCGGCUGAUGGAGCACAUGCGGAAGGAGGACGGCUACGCCUCUGUCAUGCAGAGUCUGGAGCGGUUGGUGGCCUCGCACCCGGAGCUGUGCGACGCUGACGACUAUCGCGAGCAGCUUUUGGCGCUGGUGCGCUCGUCGCGCUGCCAGCGCCGGCUGCAGAACCUGGUUCAGCAGACGGUGCUCAGCCGGCCGGACCUGCUGUAUCCGCCCGGUUACCCGCUCGAGGCCAUUCAGGAGCCCCUCGACUACAUGCGGCGGGCCCAGCGCGCCUGGGAGCGCCGCCUCUACAAGUCGCUCAACGCCAUGAGCGCUGAGCUCGGUGUACCUCUGGCGCGUCUCCGGCCGCCGGCUCAGCAGCAGAAGAUGGUCGAGCGGCCGGAGGAGGCGUCUCAGGACGAGCCAGUCGAGUUGGAGCGAUUCCGACCCGUCUACGCACCCAAAGACUUCCUGGAGGUGCUGACACGAGUGGAGAACCCCAACUACGCGGCCUCGAGCAGCGACUUCCUGUACGGAAUGGUGCGUCUGCCGCUAUCCGUGCCCGACCUGGCCGAGCUUCGGCAGCAGUUCGAGGAGCUGGGCAGCUCACGGCUGCAGCACCUCAGCAUGUCUGCCGACCUGCCGGCCGCUGGUAAACCGCACCUCAGCGUCGCCCAGUACCGGGAGAUGCUCGGCGCCCGACUCCUAGAGCUGGACGACGCGCCGGCCGCGCGUGAGUUCGCCAAACUGGGCGUGCCGCAGAGCCAGCGUGGCGAGCUCUGGUGUCAGAUGCUGGGAGUACGGCCGGACGCGAGGCACACGGCACAGCUGGAGGAGCUGGAUCGGGCUGUGCUGCAGCACCAGCUGCUCGCCGACCGGCUCGUGGCACGUGACGUUCAGCUGACCGCCGGCAACGACGACCAGUACUUUGUGUUUUCGGAGCUGCUGCGCGCGACUCUACUGCGCUUUCUUCGUCACACAGCACCGCUGAAAGCACUGACACCGCUCCCAGGCCGGCCGGCGCGUGCGACCGCCGCCGGAUCGCCUGACACCCCUCUAGCGUACCCGCCGUGCGGUGUGGUGCCCUUCCACGGCUUCUCCAUGUAUCUAGCACCGCUCUGUUUCGUUCUCAGUGACCCGACGCGGCUGCUGAUGGCAUUCGAGCGGCUGUACUCGCGGUACUUUGUACUCCUCCACACGCUCUCCAGCCGUCCGGACGGCAUCGUCAGUCUCAGCCUACUGCUGGAGCGGCUGCUGCGCGAGCACGAGCUGACGCUGUGGCUGCACUGCCGACGGUGUCGCGUCCAGCCGCUGCGGCUCGUCUUCCGGUGGCUGGUGCGCGCCUUCUCGGGCUACCUGCGCGUCAGCCAGCUGCUGCCGCUGUGGGAGCUGGUGCUGGCCUACGACUCGCUGCGUCCGCUGGCGCUGCUGGCCGCCGCCGUGCUGGCCUACCGGCGCGCCAGCCUGCUGGCCGCCACCAGCCAGCAGACCAUGGAAGCCGUGCUGGCCGACCUCUCCUCCAUCCGCGUGCUGCCGCUGCUGCGCGCCGUGCUGGGACGAUGGACCGCCUGACCUGGGCUGGGGCGUCGGCGUCUGACCCGCUACAGGUCGGUCCGUCACCCCGGGCAGAGGAGCGCCGCAGGUCUGUGUCGUCCCAGACUGAGCUAGACAGACGUCUAGCCCGUUGCGCCUUCACGGAAGCAUGACAGACGUCGGUCGUUAUAUGAGCAUAAUCUUUCUGCGACACUGUAAGUGUAGAAGCAUGUAAUUCAAUUAACUUUUUCAUUACAGGAAUCCGCGAUCUAGGUUAAGUCAAACACCUAUUUGCCUUUUGUUUUAUUACAGAAGCGGACACGUCGAAUCAACCCAGGACAAAGUGCCAUUGGUCCAACCUGCAUCAAGUAUUGUACUAUCAACACCAAUACAUGACAAUGUAAAGCUCGAUGUAUCGGUGGUAUCACCCGGUACUUGAUGCGUCCAGAAAAUUACCCGUGUAGGAUAAUUGGUCGCAAAUAAAGGUUUCAUAAGACAAGCAAUUCGUAUUACGAUCAACAAGGCUUCUAUGAUUCUGAAAGAGUUAGAACAAAAUACGCAAUAUCACACCUAGCACAAUACCGAUCCCAGCAAUUAUCUUCCCAGAGAUGAAAAAGCACAGCAAUGUCCGUUCCACAGCCAACAGCGGAGUAAUGCUCUUUCCACAGCGUCAAUAGGUCUCUUCCACAGCCCAUUUCCUAUCACAUUACACGCGUCCAGUAACUCAAGAAAAUGAAUCACAAAUAAGACUCUCAUCUCCAGAUAAAA